AUGGGGUGGAAGAAGCACAGAGUGUGCGAGAAAAAGUUGAGGAGUUUCCAUUCAUUUAUCCAGUACGAGAAUGUCCUGGGCAUUGAAAUCACAGAAGACAGCAUCGAGAGGGGUUGGUUCUCAGGAUGGAAGGCAUGGAAGAGCGCAGGGAAACAACUUUCUGUGCCAGGAAAUCGUCUCCUGAACUCCUUCCAUCCCUACCUCCGCGCCGCUCCGAAUGCAGCACAUCAACCUCCGAGGAUAGAGUCGGACAACACAUACAACGACCCUAAUGCAGCCCUGGCGACCAAGAGUGUUCUCUUGUCUCUAGACGACAUCAACGACGAGCGCGGGUUCGAAGGCAAGAAGCUGGGACGUCUCCCACCGCCAGGGCACGGUCGGCUGAUCAAGGAGUCCAGUCUGUCGCUCUCGCACAACUACCUCUACACGGUAGCAGAGAGCAACGAGAGUGAUCAGGACGCGUCUGUCCACCUGCCCCCCGAGGUCUCUUGCGGUGAUCCCGUCAGCGGCUUCCUGCCCUUCAAUCAGUGCGAGGUCGCCAUCUACGACGACGACAACCCUGUCGAUGUCGACGGCGACUUCACUCCGACCAUGACUGGGAAUCUGUACCGUGGGACCUUUUGCGGGAAGGAGGUUCUUGUCAAGAGGCUGAAAAGCUCCGACGUAGGCGAUCCGACCAAACCUGUGUAUAAGGACCUGCUACUAGAGGCUAAGGUCAUGACGAUGGUGGGGAUGCACAAGAAUGUUGCCUUUCUGCACGGGGUCCAGAUGGGCGAGUUCCUGAUGCCGAACCUCAUCAUCGACAAGCCUGGGGGGCCGAACUUGCAAGAGUUCUUUGGCAUUUGGCGGGAGAAGCACAAGGGUGGUUUGAAGAAGCCGACUAUCUUUGCAUGGAGCAAGGACUUGCUUCGGGGGCUCUCGUAUCUCCAUGAGAGGUCGCAGCCGAUCUUGCACAGGGACAUCCGUCCUGCGAACCUGCGGCUGAGUGAAGACUUGAGGACUGUCAAGAUCUAUGGCUUCGAGGCUGCGACGAUGUAUGACAUCCAAGAUGUAUCUAUCCCGCUCAACUCUCGAAGAUGGCUCAUGCAUUGUUCUUCAAACCAUGACAUGGCGCAUGACGGGAACAUGGAGGUGCCUCUGAUCCAUCGCCUGUACACGGGGGGUCAGGACGGUAGAUACACGGCUCCUGAGGUUUCUCUCGGCAACGCCUUUGGGAUGAAGGCUGACGUGUACGGCUGUGCGCUGGUAAUGUGGGAGAUGUGCUCGGGAAAGCAGCCGUUUGGAAUAGGAGACAUGAAGAAGGUGCCUUCAAGCGUGAAGCGACAGAUUCCCAUGUCGAAAGUGAGGCUCGGCGAGAACUCGUGGUCCAUCAAUCCCAAGGACAUCGCGACCCUCAACCUUCGACCUGACGCGAAGCUCGUGAGCUGGAGGCAAUUAAGGGAACUCAUCCAGCAGGCGUGGGAUCCAAAGCCCAGCAAGAGACCUUCUGCCUUGAACAUGCUGCAGCAGCUCGAGACACUGCAUGGCUGCCCCAGUGAGAAGGCGGAUCCUGCUCCUCGUCUGGACAUAGAGUCCCGAGCCUUCUAUGAUGUGGCUGUUUCAUGUUCGUCUUGCAAGCUCAUGUAGCUGGACCGGGAGGACGAGGAGGACGAGGAGCAUGUUCUUGUUCGUGUUCUUGUUGAUAUCAGACUAGCUUAGACUGGAUCUGACUGUGAAUGUGACAAAGGAAAUCCACGUAACUGAC